AUGUCCUUGUCUCGUGCUCACAGCUCCCCCCGAGGAAGGGACACCCCGGGCGCGGCGGCCCCGGCCGCGGUGCUGGCGCCGUCUGCGGCUCGGGCUCUGUCUCGGGCACCCUCGGCGCCGUCGGCCCCGGCCCCGGCCACCACCGGUGCCACGCUGCCACCCUCGCUGGGUCAUGCCUCGCCGGCCAUGGAUAGUCCUUCGGCUGGAGCGAGCCGUGCCUCGCCGAGCGCGCGAAUCCUCGAGCGCCGGCGCAACGAACAACGGGCCUCUGGCCGAGAGGACGCGGCGACCGCCCCGCGUAGCCGGACAGCGUCGGUGUCCGCAUCGCCGGUGGCUUCCUCCCCGAACGUCGGCCGGGAGAUGCCCCGGGCCGGGGGGGCCGCGUCCAAUGGCACGCGGUCGGCCUCCUCGGUGUCCGCCAUCGCGGGGAAGGACCGAACUGCUGCCCAGCUGAUCGACGGCAUGGCGGCCCUGGAGCUGGCGGCCGAGGGUCCGGACCGGGAUCGGGUGUCCUCGCCCGGGGCCGGGGGCGGCGGGUCCUCCGGCAUGCCGGCCUAUGUGAAUGGCUUCGGAUCGUACUCGACCAACUCGCUGCCCUUCCAGCCUAGCCCGAAUACCGGGGGCAACCGGUCUCCGGCGUCCGGCCAGUGCAUGAUCGCCUCGGCCGGGGGCGAGGCCUCGGAGCAAAUCCUCGACCCGGAGCUGAUCCAGCUGCGCAAUGUCUUCCGCAAUGUGGCUGUGGUGCUGGCCCGGCAUGUUCAUGGGGUCCGCGUGGCGGCAGCCGCCACGGCCGGCGAGGCGGUCCCGGCCGGCGGGGAGCGCCCGCCCGACUUGGGCAACCUGGAUAUCGUGCGCCGGAAAUUGGCCGAAGCCCUCGUGGCCACGUAUGGCCGGCUGGAGCAGGAGCUCAUCCUGCGGGCGAGCACCCGUCGGCAGCAGGCUCGCGAGGGCGAGGGCGGAACCCCGCCCCAUGGCUCCGGGGCAAGUGGCGGCCCCUCGGCCGAUCAGCUGGCCGACCUGACCACCACCGAUGAGUCGGGCGACCUGGUCGAGACGGAGUCCAUCGUGUCGACUCGGGGCAGCCGGCGGCGGACCGGCUCGGCCUCGCUCGAGGCCGACAUCAAUGUCGUGCGCGACCUCGACCGGCUGGCGUACGGCCUGCUGGGCCUGACGAACGCCGUGUCGAUUUUGCAGUCCUUCCACCGGCUGGUAUGGUGGCCCACCGGCGGGGAGUCCCAUCCGGGGGCCCGGUCGGCCGGUGGCAACAUGAUGACGGCCCCCAGCCCGCGCACCGCCCAAUCGAAGGCCAUGAAGGUGGCAAAGGCCCGGCGACUGGCCCAUUCGGCCAAGGUCCACGGUGUUCUCGGCGUCCUGGAGCAGUGGCUGCAUGGGGUGGCCUGUGUUGGGGCUGUGCGGAAGUUCCCCCCGCGCAAGGACCUCCUGGUGCCCAACAUCCUGCUGGUGCCGCUGGAGACCCUGCUCCCGGAGUACAUGGAGUCCAGCGACCUUGCCGGAGGAGCCGGCCAUGUGCGCUCGGCAGAAUCACCCUCCUCGGCCAGUGCAACGUCCCCGUUGGGGUCCGGUGGCGAGGGGCUCUUCUUGAGCGGCGGCGACCGGGCGCUAUUGUGCCGGUGCGAGCGCCGGCAGCGCCGCCGCGUUGUCGGUCCAGCUGUGGCAGACUCCAUGUUCCGGGAGCAAGGCCUGUCGGAGGAGUUCAUCGACCGUGAGAAUGAGGACUGGCCGAAGCACCCGACACGGCAGGCACGCCGGCUGCAGCGAGACUCGGCCCGAGUGAUUGCGGCCAUGUCGCGCGAGGUCCUCAGCCGGUAUAUGGCCGGAUCGCCGACCACCCCCGGUGGCAAUGCCGGCGGGUCCACCGGCCCGUCCCCUGGCGGGAGCCUUGCCGCCAGCCCGAUGCACGCCGGCCCGGAGGGCUCGGCCGCCCUGACCCCGGUGGGCCACGGCAUGUACAAGGCCUCGGCCAUGGACUUCUUGCCGAUGUUUGCCCACUCGCGCACCCCGUCCGGCAAUGGGAGCAGCACGGCCCCGUCGCCGGUCGAUGCGCAGGGGGCGCCCGGGCCGCUGGCCUCGCCGGCCUUUAGUUUCACCGCCUCGCCGACCAUCAAUGACUUCCCGAAGUUCGGCCGGGUGCUGUCCGGGGGGUAUUUCGACCUGCCGCCGGGUGGUGGGGCCGCCCCGGGCCAGGGCGCCAGCGGCGGCGCCGGCCUGCUCCCAGGAGGCGGGCCCCCCUCUCACUACGACGAUAGCAGCGAGUGCAGCGACGUCGGGAGUCUUGACGAUGGCGGUGGAGCCCUGGACACCCAUUACUCCGGCUCACUGGAGGACACCCAGUCCAUCAAGGGCCAGUGGGAUGACCAAGUGGACUCCAUGGUCUGA